AUGGCAUCAGAAGCGGAGAAAACCUUUCACCUUUUUGCCGCCUAUGGGGAUUCUUCCUCCAGUGGCAAUGACCUCAACAACAAGAACUUUGCCAAGUUGUGUAAGGAUUGUGGCAUCAUAGAUGGCAAGGCAAUUAACUCCACUGAUGUGGAUAUUGUGUUCAGCAAAGUAAAGGAAAAGAAUGCCCGAACCAUCAAUUGGAAUCAGUUCCAGGUGGCAUUAAAGGAGCUAGGCCAAAAGAAAUUCAAGGGAAAAACACCGGACGAGACAUUGGAGAGUAUGUUUGCCCUCAUGAAGGACAAGGGUCCAGCUGCUUCAGGAGUGACUAAAGCAGUGGCAGUGGGCGGUGUGAACCGUUUGACAGACACCAGCAAGUAUACAGGUUCCCACAAGGAGCGUUUUGAUGAAAGUGGUAAAGGGAAGGGCAAAGCAGGGCGGGAUGACACAAAAGAAAACACUGGCUAUGUGAGUGGUUACAAAGAUGCUGGCACCUAUGACCAGAAGAAAAAAUAG